AUGGAUGCGAUCGCGAGCGCCGGCCUCAAGAGGAAAUUUGAGGAUGCGGACGUGGGCUCGCCAGGCUCCAACUCAGACGACGAAAUCUCCAACAGCGACAGCGCCGAUAGCUGCGACAGCGUCAACCCCUCCAGCUCCACCGGCUUCAUACCCACCUCCAUCCUGAAGCGGCAGAAGCAGCUUCGCAGGAAGAAUGUCCGCUUCGACCAAGUGACCGUCUACUACUUCGCCCGACGCCAGGGCUUCACCAGCGUCCCCAGCCAGGGCGGCAGCUCCCUGGGCAUGGCCCAACGCCACAACUCCGUCCGCCGCUACACGCUCUGCGAGUUCGCCCAGGAGCAGGAGGUGAAUCACCGGGAGAUCCUACGGGAGCACCUCAAGGAAGAGAAACUCCACGCCAAGAAAAUGAAGCUCACCAAGAACGGCACGGUGGAGUCGGAGGAGGCGGACGGCCUGACGCUGGAGGACGUAUCGGACGACGACAUCGACGUGGAGAACGUGGAGGUGGAUGACUAUUUCUUCCUGCAGCCGCUGCCCACCAAACGCCGCCGAGCUCUGCUGCGAGCCUCCGGCGUUCACCGCAUCGACGCCGAGGAGAAGCAGGAGCUGCGGGCCAUCCGCCUGUCCCGGGAGGAGUGCGGCUGCGACUGCCGCCUCUACUGCGACCCCGAGGCCUGCGCCUGCAGCCAGGCGGGGAUUAAAUGCCAGGUGGAUCGCAUGUCCUUCCCCUGCGGCUGCUCCCGGGACGGCUGCGGUAACAUGGCCGGUCGGAUCGAAUUCAAUCCCAUCCGGGUGCGGACUCACUACCUCCACACCAUCAUGAAGCUGGAGCUGGAGAACAAGCGUCAGGGCGGGCGGCCACCGGCGCCGGGGGGGAGGGGGCCCCCGCCGGCCCGGGCCCCCCCCGGCGCCGGGCUGGGGCCGCAGCCAGCCGAAACGCAGGACUUCCAGGAGUUCAUGGCGGAGAACGAGACGGCCGUCAUGCACCUGCAAACGGCGGAGGAGUUGGAGAGGCUGAAGGCUGAGGAAGACUCCAGCAACAGCUCUGGUGUGGAAAGCUUGGGCGUUUGCAUCCUGGAGGAGCCCCUGGCCGUGCCGGAGGGUUUGUGCCCGGGUCUCGCCACCCCCAUCCUCAUCCAAGCCCAGUUACCUCCGGGCUCCUCCGUCCUCUGCUUCGCCGACGGCUCAGAGCAGGCGGCCUCGGCGGCGGGCGACCAGCCCUACUUGAACGAUGGGCCCGUGGUCUACUACCAGGUGGAGCAGAGGCCGGCACUGGGCGCCAAGGGCGAGAGCAGCCCGGCGGAGCCACCGGCGCCGUCCUCCUGCCCGGGCGAGAAGGACCUCGGCGUCCUCCCCGGCCCUGUGAGCAGCAAAACCCAAGCUGAACGGAGCUCGCCACUACAAGACGCUAAGGGAAGUGUCCACAGGCAGCGGAGACGCUCGCUCUCCGCUCCCGCCGGUAAAGUGACGCAGUUUAAGAGCCGUGACAGCGAAGCCGCCUUCCCCGGACGCUGA